CAGGCCAUAGCAGUGUCCCCCGCAAGGCAUGCUCAGCCCCUCGAGCCAUGCAUCCACGCACCCCCAUGGCUAAAGGCAACAAGUUAAACAACAGGGAGCUUGGCUUGGAAGAAGGGCUGCUCUGCCAGUUGGUCCACUCCCCGGACUACAACAUUUUCCCCCGGUCAGCCGUCUUUGAGAGCAACUUCAUCCAGGUGACAAAGAAGGGGAAAUGGGUGGACAUCACCAACAUGCCCACCAUCGUGACCAUGGGAGUGACCUCCUCGGACCCCUGCCUCCCGCUUCCCAAUGUCCUGCUGAUGGCCAAGCGCCGGCGGCCAUCUUCAAGGGGCCACAGUGAGACCCCUAAGCAGCCGGUCCUCGAGUUGACCAGGAUGCUGCCCCUCCGGUACGUCCGCCUCUCCGUCCACGAUGCCAGGCAGCGCAUUUUGCGCAUCCAGACGGUGACCCGGAAGGUGUACUACUUGCAGCUGCACCAGGACCACCCCAGGGCCGUCUUUGCCCUUUGGAGCCGGCUGGCAGACAUCCUCCAGCGAGGCCUCUCCAUCACCACCAAGGACCCCGCCAUUCGCAUCCGGCACAGCCUGGUCCCCAGUGGCAGCCCUUCCAGCAGCAGCUCUUCUGCAGAGCACGCCGAGACCCAGAGCGUGAUGAAGAGAGUCAGCAGGAAGAUGUCGGGCAUCCUCUCCCAAAUUUCGGGGAAGCCGCCCAAGAAAGAGGAAAAGCAGAGGAGAAGAGUCUCCUUCCAGACAGAGGAGGAGGAGGAGGAAGGAACGUCCAACCUUUCCCUUGACCUGAGUGUCCUCUUCUAUGACAUGCCUGCGCCGCUGGUGUGCGCCCGGUGCAAGGGGCGCCUGCCGAAAAGGCCCCCGAGAAGAGGCAGCAGCGAUUCGGCGGCCACCAACUCGGACCUUGACCUCCAGAGCUACGGCCUUUGGCAGCAAGAGACCCCUUCCUGGCUGCAGCCGAACUGCCGCCUCAGCAGCCUGGCUGCGGCCGGGUGCAAGUAGCGUCCAGCCAUGUAGUGUCUCCCUCGCACCCGUGCCCACGAGAGAAAUGAAGAGCUGGAGACGGACGGAGCUACGAUCCAAGGUGGAAAAGAGUGUGCAGCCCAUCCCUGUUUCUCCCAUUCCCAAAAUGUAGAUAUAUUGCUUUCCAC